AUGGGCCUCACAGCCUCCGUGGAGGGGCUCUUGAUAUCGUCGGUCUCGGCGGUUUCGAUGCGACAUCACAUUUUGGAUGCAACAUCCAAUACAAAUCAUCUGCGACUGCUGCUCACGGAACAGGAGGACGCCUUCAGCGUUGCCAAUCUAGCUCCUGUCUAUGAAUUAGAGCUGGAAACUGAGACGUUGGAGCAUGAUUCCUUGGUCUUCCUCCGUGCAAAUGGACAGUCUGAGACGGGACAUCCGCGGAAAUCGAAAGUUGUGCGUCUUGCUGCUUUGAUGCAGUCCUUUCGGCUUGCAGACUCCCAUGGGGACCUCAGACCUGCAGAUGAGCUGAACGUUUCUGUCAGCAAAUGUGGCACUUUGCGAUGUUUCUUCGUGGGAGGCCAUGCUUUUUCGGAGCUCCCCAUGCAAGAUAUCUAUCUCUUCAGGCGUCAGGACAGCUUCACUCCUCCCAGCAACUAUUGUCAAAGCCAAGAGAAUGAUUGGCAGAAUCAUCGGUAUAUGAAGGGAUUGGCAACGUCCCAACCCAACAAAAACUACAACCUUCUGGCUCUGUCCUCGGAAGGUUUGUUCAUGCACGAAAGCAAUGAAGUUUUGUCCAUGGCAUAUUACCUGCCAGUGGCCUCCAUGGUUCACCUGAAACUCCCCCGAGUUCAAUUUAUUCCAGUGGACUUUUUUGGUCCAUGCCGCGAACAACACGGCUGGUUGUUGGUGGAUCUGCUUCAAUCUUUACAGCUGGUACUACUUCAGGGCUUGGAACAUGUCACUCUGGUCGAGCCGCUUCUGGCUGAUGUCCCGCACGACAUGAGAUGUUUGAAUCACCAGUGGAUGACCACACCUGAGUUGAUGAGCCGCCUGGUUGAGAACACUUGGGACCAGAUGAAGAGCGUUCCUUUCCGCGACUUCUUCGACAUAGGGCACCUCCGGUCCGAAGUCCAGAAGUUUGCAGUGGAUGUAACCGUCGAGUGGAACGAGUUUCAAGAGACCGAGGGCGUCAUCGAUACUCUGUUCCUCCUGACUGACGUGGCGCUACGCGGCGGCUUGGUUACCAUGGGCAACUACCGAAUGGAACCCAUCCUGCACUGUGAAGAUCGACCGGAUUUCAAUCAGGAGGUGGGCGUCUACAACGACAGCAAGGUCCUGGUGCGGCGCCUGAUUUGUCUCCAGGGCGAUGCCCAGAAUACGUUAGACAUGGAGAAGUUCCGGCUGGAGCUGCGCAACGCCCUGGCGGAGUCUGGUGGGGCCAGAGGUCAUCGCUUGGGUUUCCAACUCUACCAAUGGAAUGGUCUGGAACGAUUGCGGUUGCAAGGUAUGGAUCUUGGCAAGGCGGCGCAGGCGAAUUGGCUGCCCAGCAUGUGGAGUCUCAUCCGCUUCAGCAAGUCCUUCUUGUGGCUGGCAGAUCGGGUGGUUCAGCGCAUGAACCGCUCAGCGACCAGGGCCGGGUCGCCAGAGGACUGGAGAUUCAAAGCGGCCCAUUUUCGAUGGAGGAAUUUUUCGGAGGAGGAAGACGAUAUUCCGUACAAACAUCCUUGGGGGUGGCAUGAGAAGAGUCAGAAAUUUAUGGCUGCCUUCUCUCUCCCAGAUAAAUACGCCGAUGUCUUGCGGGGCUGUGUGCCUUCUGCCCUGCACUGUUCCGACGUUUUUUUGAUGACGAAUCUUCCAAGGGAAUCCCAGCUAUUAGCAGGCCUCCGUGAAUCCUAUGCCAUGCUAUGUAGCCAAGCGCAAGUGCACAGCAUUACAGAUGAGCUGCUUCCAUCCUCCGACAUCCAGGCGUUUUUCGAGAUGUCAGAGCACAAAAACAGGAAAAGCUCCAAUGUUUGGUCCAAACUUCACGGUUAUUUCCUGGAAGUGGCCAUUGCCACCAGGGCCAACUACUUCUUGGGCUAUGGUUUUGGCAUGGGAAUCAGAGCUUCCGCCGUGUCGAUGAUCACCAGUCAGCUCCGAACCUUUGAUGGUCGGGGCUACUGGUGCACCAGAUGGGCCUUUGACCCCGACUGCAAGCAGCAUGACACCGAGGCUGGCUUGAGUUAUAGCUGUUGA